CGUAGUAUUUAAUAAAAUUUGAGAAAUGACAAGCGACAAAGUUAUAGCAAGAAGUUGCUGCACGUAAUAAAAGAAAAGAAAAGGGGGUUAAAAGAAAGAAAGAAAGGGAAAAAAAAAAAAGUUAUUUGCGCUGAGAUUUCUACGAAAAUCUAAGGCGCACUUCGAUUAUUGUUAUUAACAGAAGGAAAUACAUAGUUCUCUAAGUGUACCGGUUGGUAACGCUGUUACACGAGAGAUACAAGGAGGUUAAAGUUUUGCGAAUCGACUGGGACAUCUAUAAUUUUGGCAAAAGAGAAGUUACCGCGGUGGUCUACGUCGCGAGAAUUGACGAUAGUGCAAACGAGUUCUUUCGUGUGAGAGAGUGACAUUUCGCUCGUGUUCUCUAUUACUUGAUUUUUAUCAAUAAAUUAUUCUUAGUGUUUCGUACGUAAAGUCGAACCGUGAGAAUGACAUAUUUCGUGAAAAAGGCACGUGGCAACGGUCGGACGAAGAGUGUUAAUUGUGAUCGUGGGUAGCAGCCGGCUAAGAAAUGGCAAUCUCUAGUUAUUUGAUCUGGACUCUACGAGCAAGCAGAUCUCAUCGAAGUCGGCGAGAUAACGAAGACAGUAGUGUGCAACUCGAUCUGUCAAGAGGAUUGAAAGAAAAUGUAAAAGAAGUUUUAACUAAUCUUUGUCAACGACACAAUGUACCAAGUGUAAAGAAGCUAGCUUAUCUUAAUGCUAUUGUUAAAUUAAUUAGUGAAAAUGAUUUAUCUGAUUAUGGUUACUCAAUGGACGAUCUGUUUUGUUGUAUGCGUGUGGGUCUUGUACAAGAAGCAACCCAAGUACGUGCAGCAGCAUUACGCGCUGUAAGGUAUAUGCUUAAAAAGGAACAAGAUGUUAUUGCUAUUAAUAAAUUGCAAUAUCCAUAUUUUGUGGCACGUAGUAUGGAUGUUAAUCUACGGAAUGAAAUGGAAAGAAUGCAGGCUCUUAGACUCGUUAGAAGAAUUUUAGCUUUAGCUCCUAAACAUUUCAGCCCUAUCUUAGCCAGAUCUCUUAUAAGUUUAACUAAUGGUGGCAUAGAGGAAAGAGAUCGUGCAUUCAGAGUAUUUUUAGCUACUCUCUGUGAGUUAGGAAUCUUAAAUACAAAUUUGUUAAUAAGUUGUGGUGGAGUUAGCGCUCUUGCGCGAGCAGCUAUGACUGGACAAAGCCCUUCGAUCGUCGAAUCUGUUGUGGGGGUUUUGUUAAAAUUAUUAAAUAAUCCUGAUACAAGAGGGAGCGUUUCCCUUUUAUGUUUCGCAGCGCCGUAUUGUGAACUUCACUCUUCAAGUUCAGAAAGAACAAAAGAGGAACGAGAUCAAAAAUUUGCAGCAAGUAAGAUGGCAUUAUUGAGUAUACUACGGUCUUAUCCAGGUGUUUUACAUUUUUGCUGUCCUACUGAUAAUUCUGGCCUUAAAGCUAUAGCAGAUAUCUUAUACGUUGAACAGCUUGAAGUUCGCGGAGCUGUUUUGGAAUUACUUUAUGAAUUAUUGGAUUUACCUCUGCCAACGUGGACUGACGAACCAGACGUUGCAUUGGCUGCAGUCGAUCCUGGCAGAACGCGAGAUUCGUGGAAAUUAUCUGAAGGUUUUGUUGCAGCUGAGGGAAAAUUUAUAUUACCAUCUCUUUCAUCUUGUUGGCCAAACAUAACGGAAAUACAUUUAGCAUUAUUAGUGUAUGCUUUAUUAGAAUGUGGAUUACACAGAGCACUCGCAGAAACAAUCGUUUCUUCGGAUACCUUUAUUUCCGUACGUGCAGCAGUACUAUUAGGAGCAUUACUGCAUUUAGCACAUUCCCUGCUACCUUCAGAAGUGUGUGAUCUGACGCCACCUUUGCCAAACUUAUUGGAACAUGCAAGUGCUGGUAAGCAUCAAGCUCUUGCCGCUGUAACGAUUUUAGGACGGAUGCAUACGAUGAUGCGCCGUCGACCAUCACCUACGAGUCUCUUUCUCGAUCGAAUGUUACGAGCUGGUACUUGGUUGAGACCAACUUUGCCAAGACGCCAACGACCGUCCAGUAGACAUUGGUUACGCAGGGAAUCUUCAACGACACCUUUAUUGAAAGACGCCCAAGUACUAAGCUCUAAGGACGCGCUGGCUUGGAAUUGGCCUGUAGUACGAUCAAUCCUUCGUUCACGCGAAGAUACGAUAAGGAUACUCCAUGAUUCUGAUUACAGACUGUUUAUCAAGAGACUCGUUCGUUAUUUCAAACCUUCAUCGAAUGCAUACAGUAGAGUGGAAUUGGGAACAAACGCUAUUUUAGCACGAGAAGCAACUUUAGCAGGCUGCGAAUUACUGAACUGUUUAUUAGAGCUUCAUGAGCCCGAAAGUACGAAAUUGUUGAAUGAAUUGAUCGCAGAUAUCGCCGAACAAAUCUCUUAUAUUCGUACUGCGCAAUCUGCACACGAUUGCUUAUUCUCACCGCGUCACAUGUCUACAACGUGUUGUCAGAAAUAUUUCCUCUUUUUAGGACAACUGAGUCAUUCUGCAAAGGGAACUGUUGUUUUAAAAGGAUUCAAUUUAUUAGAAGAAUUACAAGACUUAGCUCUAGCCACAAAUCAUGACUGUUAUGUGAAACUUAUUGUUUCAAGUUUAGAUUAUUCCAGAGAAGGACCUAACAGGAAAGUUCUGAAUAAAAUUAUUACCGAAUCAUCUUUAGAAUUUACGCGCUUAUAUGCUACGCAGUUCCUACGAUUGAUACUCAGAGCAAAAAUGUCGGAUGCAUACCAUUGGGCAAUAACUUUAUUAACAGAAAAAUUAACGGACACUAGUAAGGUUGUAGCACUGACCGCAUUGGAGGUAUUGCAUGAGGCGUGCGAAGAAACGGAAUAUUUAGAAAUUUUAUUGCAUCAAGAAGAGCGUCAAGGAAAUUGGGAUAAAUGGUUGCAACAUUUAGGAGAUAAAGGUUAUUUAUUAAAAAUAAGGCUUUACUCUUUGCACGAAGGUUUUUCCUGUUUGCCAUCACCUUCAGAAGAAUUAGAAAAAUGGAUUGGACCUGAAGGUUUUGCAGAGAGAUAUGUAGGCUUAGUGGAAGGUGAAAUACAUGACUCUCUGACACGUCGUCAGAGAAACGAAAAUGGAAGUUACCACAGAAGAACAACUAACGAAUUGAUAAUGCCUCGCAAUAUAUUUAUUUUACCUCAUUUGAUAGGCCAAAUAGUACGGCAUGAUUUUGGAAUGCAAUUAUUGCUCCGCCGAAAUGUAAUACAACAUUACGCACGAAUCAUUCAAAGAUUUAGAAUAGAUUUGGGAGGUAGAGAUUCGGAAUCUAAUUCAAGAUGCACUAAAAGUAGUCGUUUAAUUGUGGAUGAUAAUUAUACUAUGUCAGAAGGGUCAUGUAUUGAUGAAUAUGUUGAACCAAAUCGUCUAGAAACAAUUGUAGAUGCAGAAACUAUUGAAUUAUCUGACAUAUGUACCCCGCCAAAAACGGAAUCUUUAAUAGAAAUACGAAGAAAAACAAGUUUAGAUGAUUCAAGACAUACUACUCCCGAUAGAAGUUGGAGAAGCGAUCUUGAGAUUCGUGAUGAUCAGUCCAUUAGUUUAGAAAAACAAAUAUUAAAAACAAAAUCUGCAUUGUGGGCAUUAGGACAUAUAGGAACGUCAGCAGCAGGAGUCGAACAAUUAAAUCAUUUAGGAAUUAUAGAAAUGAUUACGUCUAUGGCGGAAACAUGUCCUUAUUAUUCGGUAAGAGCAACGGCCAUGUAUGCUUUAAGUCUUAUUGCUACGACCCGUGCAGGCACGGAUGCACUAACAACUUUCGAUUGGCCAAGUGUAAGACAUAGAAGAGGAGAUCAUUGGUCGAUUAUACGACCUACAACUCGCUAUCCCGUACCAAGUCCUAUUCUUAUUCAAAGGCAUCACCGGAGUCUUAGCGAUGGUAAACCUGAAUUACCUGAACCGGUAGCUCGUCGAACUAGGAAUCGCUCCGAGAGUGCAGCUACGGAUUUGGAAGCAAGAAGAGAAAGAGGAGAAACUCCAAGUCCACUAUCAAGUAUACAAAGAUUAAGUCAACAAGAUGCAGAAGGAUAUGCGCGUCUUCGUAGUUUACAGCGUUAUCGUAGACCAAGUUAUUCUCAAAGUAGUUUAGAGAUGUACAGUUUAGAUGGACGACUUUCACUACAGAGCCUUUCAGAAUUUGAUUCAUCCCGCAGCUGGAUUGCGAAUAAUAUACUCACACCUACCCCACCGCCCCUCGAAAAUGAUAAUGAUAAUCUAUUUUAUAUGGGUAUUUGCCUUCCUAGAAGACUUACAACUCUUUUUCCGGAUCCACCUCAACCAGUAGUUUCUACUGUAGUUGAUGAUUCAAGUAAAUCUGAAAUAGGUCCUAAUGAAAUAGAUGAAGAAUCUGGAUCAGAAAGUGAUGCCGACACAGAGCAUUGUCGAGUGUGCCUUGUCUGUUACCGUACUAAAAGUACCACUAAGGUUUUCACUGGAGAAGCAGAUAUAAAACUACGGAGGGAAAUCCUUAGGCAUACGCAGCGACUUGCAAAUCCUGUCUGGUACAGACAUAGUAGACAAACUCUUCUUAGAUUAAGGCAAAGGUAUCCUGACAAAUUUCAGGAUGCUUGCUUGUUUUCGGAUGUAGCUUCUCGAUUAGGGAGUAGUUCUUAUAGAAUACCAGCACGACGAUUCUUACAAGAAUUAUUUCUAGAUUCUUCGUUUGAUGCGCUUUAUGCAGAACCAGUCAGCAUAUUAAAAUUAUCUAUUGGUACAGAGGAAAAUCCUUUACAAUCAUGUGUUCCUAUUGCAUCUGAGGCUAGUCCUCGGACAUCUCAUAGUUCUUCAGAAAGUAAAGUGAAUGGAAGAGUUACUUUUUCUGAAAUACAGCCUGGCCAAUUAACUAUAGUAGCGGAAGAAGCGACAGGUGAAGGAUGUACAAUGAAUCAACGAGAUAAACUCCAAGAAAUUCUGCAAAUGUCCGAACGACGUAGUGAUGAAAAAAUUAUUGCGGAAAUAUUAAAUCCCGAGGAAAGGAUACGUUUGUCAAAGAGUUCUGAUAGAUUAUUAAAAAUAUCGAGUACCAACACUGCCAUCAGUUUUGAGUAGUCCUCGACUUUAAUCUCACACUUGUAUAUUUUGUAUUAAAGAUAAUAUUGAAAUAUAUAUAUAUAUAGAAAAUAAAUUACACUGCCAGAAGCCAGCAUCAAA